GUAAUGGAUAAGAACAAGCGUGAACGUCAGGGCGCACAUCAGCGCGAAGUCUUCCUAUUCAAUGACCUUCUUCUAGUAACCAAGUCAGUACAGAAACGCAUCCGCAAGACCACUAAUUCUCUAUCAACUGCCGGCAGCAACAACUCGACUGCUGGUGCUGGAGGCACUGGAGCCACUAGCUCAGCAAGCACCGCCUCGAUUCCUGGCAUAGGUAGCUCAUCCACAGCAGCCGGUGAUGCAACCGGAUCUGCCUGUCAUGGCAACACAGGGUGCACAGGGGCUGGUGUUGUAGUCUCAACUUCAAACUCCGUAGCGGUAUCUGCGGUAUCCGGCGUUGGGGGUCUUGGUGGCACUUGCUCUUCGGGCCCCAGUAACGUAGCAUACCAGGUACGUGCCUGUCAUUCGCUACUCGGCGUCCGACUGGCUCUUUUCGAGACUCCACACUGCCCAUAUGGCAUC